AUGACUACAGACCCUGGCUGCUCCCGUCGAGUAGCUGAUGAUGCUGAUGCAGAAAGGACAGGAAAAGGAAGGCGUGGGGAUGCAGCAGCAGCAGGCGGAGCUCGCCGCCGCAGCCGCAGCGGGAGCACCGGUGGGCGGCACAACAAAAGCAGCAGCAGCAGCAGCAGCAGCAGCAGCAGCAGCAGCAGCAGGGAUCCCCGAGGCAGCAGCAAUGUGAAGAUUGAGAAGAUGGGAGAUAGAGAACGAGAGGUGGCCGAUGACACGGAACGCAGAAGAGAAGGAAAUAGAGAAAGAGACAGAGAAAGAGAGAGAGAUAGAGAUGGAAUUAGAGACAGAGACAGAGACAGAGAGAGAGACAGAGACAGAGACAGAGACAGAGAUGGAGUUAGAGACAGAGAAAGAGAAAGAGAAAGAUAUAGAGAGGGCGAGAGAGAAAGAGACAGGGGUAGAGAUGGAGACAGAGAAAGAGAUAGAAACAGAGAUAGAGAGGGUCUUAGAGACAGAGACAGAGACAGAGACAGAGAAAGACAGGUUUACAUAGAUAGAGGACGCAGAGACGGAGACAGAGACAGAGAGGCAAACAGAGACGCAGAAAAUAGAGACAGAGAUGGAGUUAGAGACAGAGAAAGAAACAGAGAAAGAGAAAGAGACAGAGAAAGAGAAAGAGAAGGAGACAGAGACAGAGCGAGAAUAAGAGACAGAGAUAACAGAGACAGAGAAGCAAAUAGAGACAGAGAUGCGGUUAGAGACGCAGAAAGAGAUAGAGACAGAGACAGAGAUGGAGGGAGAGACAGAGACAGAGAAAGAGACAGAGACAGAGACAGAGACAGAAUGAAGGCAGGUAGUUUAGGAGGCGCCGCUGAAGACAGGAGGAAUCCGCAGCAGCAAACGUCAGGCAGCAGCCGCGCUGCUUCUGCUAGCGACAGAGCUGGUAUUAAUAAUACCAGCAGCAGCAGCAGCAGCAGCAGCAGCAGCAGCACCAAAGGCAGAGAAGAGGAGCAGCAGCUGCUGCGGAGAAAGAGAGACAGAGAGAUUCCUUCAUCUGGCCGUCUACCGCCUGUAAAAAAAGAACCUGAGGAGACACCUCGGCACUCGGCAGCAGCUGCUAGGCGCCGCCGGAGCAGCAGCAGCAGCAGCGGCGGGAGCAGCAGCGGUAGUGAGAGCAGCGGGAGCACCGGCAGCGACAGCAGCAGCGGCAGCAGCAACAGCAGCAGCAGCAGCAACCGCAGCACACAACGAAGAAGAAACACUACCCGACAGUUGGGGGCUCUUCGUGCAUUUCAUCAGGCCUUAGAUGCAGCAGCAGAUUCAUCAAGGCGCCCGCCUCGCAGGCGCGCAGCAGCAAAGCACAGAAGCAGCAGCGGCAGCAGCAGCGGCAGCAGCAGCGGCAGCAGCAAUGGCAGCAGCAGCAACAGCAGCAGACGCAGCAGCAGCCGUGCAAGGUCGGGGGGCGGUAGGCGAGAGCAGCGCAGCAGCUGGAGAGACAGAGGAACAGCAGACGAGAGGGAGAGACACCGCAACAGAAGCAGCAAUAAGCAAGAAGAUGCUGCUGCUGCAGCAGAACAAGAACCACCACCCUUUGACAAAGACAUGGAGGCAUAUGCCGCUAAGAAAAUUAAAAAAGUAACAGCAGAAGACCUCGGCAGAGCAGGAGGUGUGUACGUGCCUCCGUUUAAGUUGGCGCGUCUGCAGCAAAAGACAGACGACAAAAAGAGCGUCGCCUACCAACGCCAGAUGUGGGAGGCGUUGAGAAAAAGUAUUAAUGGGCUUGUCAAUAAAGCAAACGUUUCUAACUUAACUCAGCUCGUGCAAGAGUUGUUUCGAGAGAACUUGGUUCGAGGCCGGGGUUUGUUUGCCCGGGCGUUGAUUCGCGCGCAGUUGGCGAGCCCCGGCUUUACUGCAGUUUACGCUGCGCUGCUCUCCAUCGUCAACAGCAAACUGCCGGAUAUCGGCGAGCUCGUCAUCAAGAGAUUAAUUCUGCAGUUCAGACGUGCAUACCGGCGCAAUGACAAAGUUGUGUGUUUGGGAUGCGUGGAGUUCUUUGCGCAUUUGGUGAAUCAGCGCAUUGCGCACGAAUUGUUGGCGCUGCAGUUAUGCGAGUUGCUGCUGCAGCAGCCCACAAAUGAUUCUGUUGAAGUCUGCAUUGGAUUUCUUAAGGCCGUCGGCCAAGUGCUAGAAGAUGUGUGCAGAGGUGGAUUUGAUGCUGCCUUUGAAAGACUGCGUGCAAUUCUUCAAGAAGGAGAGACAGACAAAAAAACGCAAUAUUCAAUUGAAGCGCUUUGGGACAUAAGAAGAAACGGCUUCAAAGACUUUCCGGGAGUGAUAGAAGACCUAGACUUAGUUGAAGUUGAAGACAAAAUAACGCAUGAAGUCGAUAUAAUGGAUCCGUCGAUAAAAGGUGAAGAAAUGUUAAAUAUAUUCAAGCCCCAAGAUCCUGACGAAUAUGAAGAAGACGAAAAAAAAUGGUCGGCGCUGUCGAAAGAAAUUCUCGGCGAAGAUUCCACAGAUUCAGAUGCAUCUUCAGUCGACUCUGAGGCAGAGACAUCAUCGGAAGAAGAGACAGAAGAAGCACAAGAGGGUGAAGGAAAGAAACAAGUUGAAAUAAAAGAUAUGACUGAGCAAGACAUCGUUAAUCUACGCAAGACAAUUUAUUUGUGUAUUAUGUCUUCGUUAAAUGCUGAUGAAUGCGUUCACAAGAUAUUAAAAAUGAAUAUACAGGAAGACUUAGAGAUGGAAGUAGCGGUGAUGUUAAUAGACUGCUGCGCUAUGGAGCGGACUUUUCAGCGUUUCUUCGCUUUGCAAGCAGAGCGACUUGCUAAGCUUAAACCUGCAUAUUGUGAAUGUUUUGUAGAGGCAUUUAAGAGACAAUAUACUCUAGGUUUGUUUCCUGAAGACAACCCGCGAAGUCUGCGGUUCUGCAUUAAUUUUUUUACUGCUAUUGGGUUGGGUGGUUUGACUGAUAAUCAACGCCAAAUACUCGCAGGCCUGCAGCACCAAGCGCAUCUGCAGCAGCAGCAGCAGCAGCUUAGACAGCCUUCUAGCAGCAGCAGCAGCAGCAGUAGCAGUAGCAGCAGCUCAAGCAGCAGCAGCAGCAGCAGCUCAAGCAGCAGCAGCAGCAGCAGUAGUGAUAGUGAUACUGACUCAAGUUCCAGCAGCUCGGAUAGCGAUUAA